AUGUCAGCUUGUCCUUGCAACAUUGUUAUACUUCCAGUCGAGAUUUUGAAGAAUUCAUCUAUAGAUACGAAGUAUAGCUUGUAUACAACAAUUAAUCGAGGAUAUGAUGUCCCAAGGCUCAAAUAUGGCAUCGUAGUUAGCCCUCGAGUGCACAGCCUUGAAACUCUAUUCAGUGAUUUGGGCUUUGACAAGAAUAUAGAGAAAUCCUCGUUUUAUUUAUUAUUGAAUGAUCCUGCCUUGGCAUACCCUACUUUCUAUGAAAAUUUUGAACAGGUUAAAGGUGAAACAAAUGAAGACUUAUCUCUGCCGACAUAUUAUAUUCCCAAGUUCCAGUUUUUGACGGAUGCAUUCAAUUCAGAGCAUGUCCUAGCAACCAUUGGCUACAAACCAAAUAAUAAGGAGAGUUAUGAGAUCACAGGAUUUACGUCCAUGGGCAAUGGCUGUGGUAUCAAACUAUUCAAUAGCAGUGUAAUUCAUAUGAUGCGAUUCCAUAAAUGUAAGAGACUGGUUGCAGACAUUAUCAUGGAACAUGACCUAUUGGGUUAUUAUGAAAAGAAGCUCGGCUUUGUAGAGGUGCAAAGGUUCAAAGUUCUCAAAGAGGAACAUCAACCAAAAGUAUUUGACGAUAAAGUAGAGUGUACUAAAGACUUCCAUGUGAUCAAAAUGAUUAAAGAUUUGAAAAGUCAUAAAUUAUAA